GUCUUCCCCACUUGCUACGGCGUCUCACAAUGCUCCCAACACCCAUCAGUCCGUCGAGUUUGCCACGGAGUGGUAGUUCUCGACCGAUCAAGCUCCGAACAGCAUGUAACCAGUGCUGUGCGGCAAAAGUCAAAUGCAGCGGCGAAAGAACGGGAUGCGAGAGAUGCCGGAACGGACGUUUACAAUGCAUCUACCUGGAGUCACGCGUUGGCCGGGUCCCAGGCAUCCGGGCAAAGAAACGGCGUCUGCCAGAGGAAGGAAAUGGGGCUGACCAACGAGCGCAAUAUAUUGCACAGCCUGCUCCGGAAUUGGCGUCGAGACCCGUUCCUUCCAUCACCUCCAAUGAAAGCACAUAUCGCGACGAUGAGAGCGAAAGCAUGGGACGGUGGACCACCGGGUCGAGCCUUGGUACCGGAGAGAGCCACCAGACGGACUUCCUGGAGGAGUCGCCGAUGAGAAACGGGCCGGCGGACAUGGGACGCCAGGUCUCCAACUCAACAAGUGACAUUAUGACCUCCAUGACCGACGACUUCAUGCUUCCUGCAAUCGACUUUAACUUAGACCACCUCUUGCAGCCUUUUCCGCCUUCGCCUCCAUUGUCGCAACCGGCCCCCGAUCGCGACAGACAGCAGAAUCCCCGAGUGCAAUCGCAAUCGGCUCGACCUAGCAAGAAUCCGUCUGACAGUCAGUUUGUCAUCGAUUGCACCCAGAUCAUCAGUGAUUUGGAGAACUACAUCGUCGCUGAUCUUAAGUCAUUCAAAAUCGUGCUAGGACUGAUCAAGCGAGCAUUGGAAAAGCUCACGCAGCUCAGCGAUAUCCAGAAAGGCUCUCGGAACAUGCGUUGCAUUAUUCUCCUAACCGCAAUCAUGUACCAGAUCGUGGAGCUUCUGGAGGUCUGCCAGACAAUGGUAUCUGAAGAGACGGACCGACACUGCGUGUCAAGCUUCAGUAUUCGGCCGUCCGGUCUACUGCUUCCUGGACUCGGACUUGGAGACUUCGGGAUUGAUGCUGAGGAGCAGAAGGCGUGGAGAUCGCAAAUGGUGCUAAAGGAGGUACGCCAAGCUAGUGAAGUGCUCAGGAGUAUGAAGACGUUGGCUGGAAUGGGAUCGAAGCCUACCUCUCAGUCUGGAACGCCGCAAGGCAGGUCAAGGGAGCAGUGUUUCGUGGAUUUGGAGUUACGAUUGACCGAGCUUGCUGGCCGCAUUGCAAGGCGUGGUUGAGCUGGAGACGGUGAAGGACAAGCAGUAGCAAACAAUCGACACGAUUAAUCUGUCAAGAAGGGUGACAACGAACAAAAUCGAGACGAAAAACCGUCUCGCUACUUUAUACCCAUGUUUAUAGCAUACCUGAGUGGUCCCCCGAUCUUGUGUUCUUAAGCAGAUAAUUUGACAGUGGCGGCAAGCUUGGCCAACAUUACAUAA